AGGUCUGAAGAUGCAGGAAUUGCGACUGAUCUGAGGUGUGAAGGUACAGGAAUUGGAGCUGAUCUGAGGUGUGAAGGUACAGGAAUUGGGGCUGAUCUGAUGUGUGAAGGUACAGGAAUUGGGGAUGAUCUGAGGUGUGAAGGUACAGGAAUUGGAGCUGAUCUGAGGUGUGAAGAUGCAGGAAUUGGGGCUGAUCUGAGGUGUGAAGGAAUUGGAGCUGAUCUGAGGUGUGAAGGUACAGGAAUUGGAGCUGAUCUGAGGUGUGAAGGUACAGGAAUUGGAGCUGAUCUGAGGUGUGAAGGUGCAGGAAUUAGGAAU